GCUCAUCCACCGGCAUGUCUUGUAUCAACUCCACUCUCCAGACCAGUGACUCAGUCUGAAAAGCGUCUGUAAAGCAUCCUUUCUUUCUUUCAACAUCAUGGAGUCGUGAGAGAAGGUGCGCAGCAGAUUUCAGUUCCCAGGCAGUUGUCUAAAAAUCAGCACAUAAUAAUUUUGAUCUUGGUAGAAUUUUCUCAGUCCCUCACGAUGGCUUGAGUGCUUUCCUGUACCGUUGGACGAUAUGGGAAGAAAGUGCGAUUCCUGCGGGGAUCGUCUCGCUGAUGGAGUCGCAUCGUGCAGCAAGUGUACAACUCACCAGCACCAGCGCGAAACAGCGAUUGGCGCGGCUGAUCAAGGCCAGAGGUCAGCUGGCGGUGGCGCAGAAGGGCCCAGUACGACUGUGAUUCGUCCGGGCGCUGCGGCCGGCCGUCCACCGCUACUACCGCAGCCUUCACGGACACACGAGCAACAGCAGCAGCAGCACCUGCAGCAGCAUCAACCUCAGUCUUCGCACCAUGCCGCACCGCAGUCGCCUCAGCAGCAGCAGCACCUGCAGCAGCAUCAACCUCAGUCUUCGCACCAUGCCGCACCGCAGUCGCCUCAGCAGCAGCAGCAGGCUACGCAGCAGCAGGCUACGCAGCAGCAGGCUACGCAGCAGAGCCUUGCACAAAUGCAACACGCGCUUGAGCUGCAGCAGCAGCAGGCGAUGUAUGGCUCAGCGCAUGUGCCGCCGCCGUAUCUUGAGCACUACAACGGCGCACAGCAGGGGUAUGGCUACCAGCAGGGCACCGGACACCUGCUGCUGAACCAAUACGGCGCACAGUCGCAUCAUCCGGGCCAUGGUGUGUCGUCUGCUCAUCAGAUAGAGCAGCAGUUAUUGCAGAACCAGUGGCAGCAGCCGCAGCUGCCACCGCACUCGGACGCGCAACACAUGCAUUCGUAUCAGCAGCAGCAAGAGCAGCAGCAGCCGCAGCAGCAUCGCCAGACCGAGCAUUGGUGGCAUGUGGAGCAAAUGCAUCAACGAGCUUCCCAGCAGCCACAGCAUGCAGAACAACACGACAUGGAUCACCAGCGUGUACGCCAUGGACAUUUCCAGCCUGAUCAGCUGCAGCAGCAGCAGCAGCACCAACAACAGCAGCAGCAGCAGCACCAACAACAGAAGCAGCAGCACCAACAACAACAGCAGCAGCAGCAGCAGCACCAACAACAGCAGCAGCACCAACAACAGCAGCAACAACAGCAACAGCAACAACAGCAGCAGCAGACCCACAACAUGCAAGAAUCCAGUGCCGGUGAAACACAUCCAGUCAGCCCAUCGGAACCCAAAUCAUCUUCUGGACAGGUCCCCAAUACAGGCAGUGGUCCUCCUCACUUUGCCCGUAUUGCUGCCAAGUUCCCAGCUGAUGCCAGCUCCUUGGGGCGACCGGAGGGAUUACCGAUGUCCGGGAAGGGUGGUGCCAGGACAUCUCACGGCACUCAAGUACCAGCUAGCGGUGGUGAUGGAGGGAGUUGGAGCAAUGCCUCCGCCACCGCUGCUGCUGCCGCUGGUCCUGGCUCAAACUCUCCAGAUCUCUACCAUGGUGACAGCGAGCUCGACCUGUACCGGUCUAGCCAGCCACGGUCUUCCGAAUCGUACGACAGCGGGCCGCCUGACCGGCCAUCGGCGUACAGCAGUGCUCACUCUGCUGGUGAGCUCCCCGCUGGCACUGCUGGCUACGGACACUCAUCUUCUAUCUCACACCCACAGGGCCAGCAGCACCAGCAGCUGCAGCAGCAGCACCAGCAGCACCAGCACCAGCAGCAGCGGCAACACCACCAGGGCGGCGGUGUUGGUGUUGGCGACGAUUUUUAUGAGCAAUUGGGUUUGGAACUUGACCAAAUCUCCAAGAGAAGGGACAGUUACAUGCGGCAAUUGCGAAUCGCAAACGGUGAAAAGCGCAGGCAAUUCCUUACAAACGCGCUUGAAAAACUCCGCCAGGACGAGGCAAGGAUCAUGCUGGACAUGGAAGGGAUGGAUGACGUCGAAAUGCCGGCAUUGGAGGCUAACGCAGCCCCGGCCCCUGGUGAUAUGUCGUAUCCUAGCGAUGGUCGUUAUUCCAGUGGGAGCCAUGUUCCGCCUGGCACUCAUCCAGCGCCUCCUGCGAGCACUGUGGAGGGCUCUGGCGCUGGUGCACGCAGUAACCUGCCAGCACGCGGCGUAGCUCCCGGUCAACACGAUCGUGGCGGCCAUCUCUCCGGCGUUGGUGCUGCAGUGCCGUCCGGUGCGCUUCCUGCGUCCAUGCAGUCGGCUACGGCCACGUUCCGUCCAUCUGACCAGGCAACAGGCACUGCUGCAGCCCCAGAAGCAAUGGACAUAGAAUCCGGUGAGCGUAAUCCUGCUGCGGUGGCCCAUUCUCGUCAAGGUGAAGAUGGUGAAAGCGGUUCGAGGCUACCAGGCAGCCUGCCGCAUCCCGUUGAGUCGCGUGUGGACCAGUACAAUCGCCCAGGAGGCGACCACUCGUCCACAUCGGCUGAGGAAAGCAUGGACAUUGAUGCUCCGAAUGACCAGGUUGCCACUCGCACUGCCGCCAGCCUGUUGGCGGAAAGCGGCGGCGGCGGAGAAUUGGGCACAGCAGAGGCUGGACGUGCACAGUCACCUGGUCAUGGUGCGGGUAUGGUCGAUAGUCACCGGGUCAUGCUGGAAUCGCAAGAGCACGGCGAGGAGAGUUCGGGUGUUAGGCUGUUGCCCGACAGUGCCGAUGCUCCACAUCUGGCUGCCCGGGCUGAGCAAGGAGCUGCUGCAAUGGAGGGAAUUCAGCCCGAUCAAGGGAAUGUCAGUUCAUCUCAACAGCCUGUGCCCGAGACCGGUGCUUCCACAGCAGAAGUGCAGCAGCAUCAGCAACAAUCAUCGGACGCAACCAAUACGGGCACCCAGGACGGCCCUCCGUCCGCAGCUGCCAAUGUCGCUCACGCCAGUGCGCAGAACGCACAGCAGCAGCAGCGCGGUGCAGCAUCUUCGGCUGCCGACGUGCUCAGCACAGGCGAUCAGGAACCUGGCGACAUACAGCGUCACAAACCCGGCCCAAACGCCAGUGGCUCGCCCAUGGAGAAAGAGCAAGCUAGCGAAAAAGAAGAAGAAGAAGAAGAAGAAGAAGAAGAUGACGAUGACGACGACGAUGACGACGGCGACGACGACGACGGCGAUGAUGAUGAGUUUUAUGAUGCAGUAAGUGGGCAGGACAGCGACGGUAACCUUGCUGGUGACGCUCACAAGGACCAGACGGAAGAGCAGCCAGAACAGACGGAAGAGCAACUUGCCAAGAAGAGUGUGCAGAAAAAGCUGAAGAAGAAAAGGCCCAAGAAGAAGAAGGCCAAGAAAACCAAGCGGAAGAAGACCAGUGACGAAGGUCCGCCCCUAAAGCGCCCAAAGGACAGCGGGGAUGAAGGUCCAGGUGGCCCAGCAAAGCAGGCAACGGGCGCCGGGGAUGACACCUCCCGUGCUGGUGCCAUGGAAAGUCCUGCUGGGGCUGGAGCGGGCAGCGGUGAGAAGGAAACUCUUUUGCGGGUAGCUGAGAGUGCUAGCCCUUCUACAGGGGAUGAUGUCCAGCACGGCUACAACACGAGAUCUCAAGCGCAGAAGUCUGGACCACUUCCCUCUUACUCAUCCGUUGCUGGCGGUAGUAGCCAGAUGCCAGCUGGGGAAUUUCGCAGGAAGCAGCCAGAGGGAAACCUCAAGGAUCCUCGCUCCAAGACAAGCAGCGGACAAAACCAGCCGACAGAUAUUGUAGUCACAGGUAAUGGCAAUCAGUACGGGUCCGUCACGAUUGUCUUCCACGCUUUGAUUGCCCCCGACUGGAAGCUUGGCCAAGGAGACUCCAUUGCACUAUCGUGUAAUCUCAAUUGGAAAAUACUCCAACCAAUGAAGUUCACCGGUACAUGUGGUCCGAAAGAUGCGUACACUAUCGCAGAGUGCCAUGUCCAGAUUCCUCUUGAUCGCCUUCUCCACGCGAGAGAACUCAUGUACAAGUACAGCCGGAAUCCCCGCCGUCGUGAUGCUGAUUUUGAAGAUAUUCUUGUGAGCACCCAUGGAUACAACUAUACAAACCGCCUGCUCAUAGUGCCUGCAGAUGCGCUACACCCUGGAGGGUCUUUCGCCAGGUACGAUGAUGUGAUCCAUUCCAAUGGUGUGAGGUCAAUUGGUGGCUGGUUCAAGGACAUAGUUGGAAUGAACGAUCGACCCCUGGAGGAGAGGUACCUUUCGCUGCGGACGUUCCUGCCGCGGUGGGAUUUCAGCGGCAGCCCGGCAGGGAUGCUGGAGCAGGUGGAGGCUGUUGCCAGCGUUGCCAGGCACUUCGACAAUGCUGUGUAUGCUCUAGAAGGGCCUGGUUACCGGCGCAUGAAGUGGGAUAUUACCGGCUUCUCCUCCGCCCGAGCGGUCAAGAAGGAUCUCUUCCUGCCAGCCUUGAUUGAGCUCACCGAGAGCGUAGACAUGUCGCCUCCUCAGCGCCUCGUCAAUGCACUGGUCUUGUGCAUGUUGUCCAAGCGCAUCGGUUUCAGUCUGAACGCAGACGAAGCAAGUCAGAUGGUUAGGUGUCUCACCUUGGAGGUCGACGAGGAGAAGCGAGAGUGUCCGCAGGUGUUUACUGUGCUCAAGGCCUUUGAUGAAAUAGAACUUGGCAAACUCACAGAGGGUCUGGUGCACUUUGUCAAUCACGCACGGGAAACGAACAAGAAGGCUCGUUACUGGCAAUUCCUGAAGCUGAUGCCGCUGGUGCACUUCCUGAUGGGUGACUGUGAGCCUUUUAAGCCGCCCAGUGGCAGGAGUACUGAGCACACAACAAAGAAACUGGACCCUUGGUGGGGUCUCUCAGCUCUAACGGGCUCGAGCAUUGCGUUUGCGACCCGUGAGCAAUUGGAAGAGGCUGCCAAGGAGUUGCGACCAUUGCUCGUCAUCGACUUGACUCUUGAAAGAGCUAUGAUGCUCAUGUCUGGCCCCCACCUACUUUCCGACGCGGCUCGCUUGGUCAGCCCCCAGCCGGGUGUCCUUCUACGCGCCGUCGGUCACUGCAUUGGCAAGAGUGAAGUGUCCCUGGACACCCCCAUGUUCAACGUCCUAACUCAGUGUGCCGAGGUAGCCAAUCCACUGCUGGAGAAGUGGCUGGAUAAUGUGGCAGUGAGCUCGGACACGUUGCGGCGCCUUGCCCUGUGCAACAGUGCCGUGAAGUAUGGCUCUGCGCUGCUCAGCGCCCUUGUUGACAGAACAUUCUCGUACACGCCGACAGAGGAAGUUCGACGCGCCCUGGUCAUCAUCUUGGAUAUGCAGUUCAGGCUCAUGGCUCAGCACAAUGUAUUUUGGUACCUCAUGAAAGACGAACUUGUAGCUGCUAAGAAGAAGCAAGAAGAGGAGGGUAAAGCCGGCUCUGCUGAAGACCCAGCAGCUGCUGACAAGGCGGUUGAUUUGCCAGAGGCGAAUCCUGGGAUGAAUACUUACCUGAGAGGCGUAUUUGACAGCUUGUCCACGGCUGCCUUCAAGCUCAUAACAAAAUCUUCAAGCGCAAUGAGUACUAUUGCACGCAGUGAUGCCUUGUUCCAAAAAGAAGUAAUGAUCUACAACCAGCUGAUUCACUUUGAUGGACUGGACCGACUGGGUGCUGGGAAGGAGUGGGCUGAUGGUGUUGUCGCUCAGCUUACGUCUCGCAUUGGUGGAAUCAGCAGCAAAGAAAAACUGGAGCAGUUGUGUGAGCUGGCCACGGACCAGUAUCACCCGCAGAUUGGAACACUGCUGUCGGCCGCUAUCACCGAGGCGCUGGAUGACCUGAUCAAGAAAGGCAACGCAGGACAGUUUGUGUUCAACUCAUUGCGGUCGUUCAGCAGUGGACGUGGCCCUAACCUGAUUAGCAGGCUUCUGCACGACUUUGUUGGCCGCAAGGUGAAGUCUAGCAAUGACAAUGAGGAGGAUGCCAUGCUGAAGAACCUGCUGACAUGGACGUGCUGGCCGUCCUACAUCAAUCACUACUGGCAACCAUCGUCGCCGGGUGCAAGUCGCGGCAGCGGCCUGGACGCCGAGGCCUCCGAAGUGCUCAUGAAGGGCAUGAGCUCCCUGGAGACACUGCUGAAGCGGCUGGCCACCGGCGAUGUCUCGGUGGCGCACACGCGCCUGGCCCACCAGCACCGCGCCCAGCUGCUGCUGCUCUGCGAGGAGAUGGACAAGGCGUGUCGCAAGGCCGCCGACGCCAAGACCGCCAGCAGCCACGCCAAGAACGUGGAGAGCCAGCUGGCCGCCUGUCUGCGUCUGAUCGAGGAGCUGGAGGAGAAACAGGCGCGGCUGCAGUGCAUCUUUUCACUGUGCCAUUACGGAAAUAUCAACAUCACUGUAGCUGGUGGAGACGAGCUUCGCCGGGCUGUCCAGUCGACGAUCACACCGCGACGGGUGAACGAGCUGAAGCGUCUGUUCCACUACAGCGCCGAGGUUGCCGAGAUGCUCGACCCGUUUAAGGCCGCUUAUCAGAACCCGGUGUUUGUGCGCAUGUGCGAGGCGCAGUGCAAGAAGAUGCGCUCGAGCGAGUCACUGUCCGCUUCCACUGCCCUGGUACUCAGUCUGGAUCAGAUUGCGCUCGGGCUAUACCAACCGGUUAUGCGCGAUUGGUCGCGCAUUUUCAUCGACACGGAGAGCCAGGUCAUUCAGCUGCACACUGUGGAGCACUUCUUCGGCGGUAUGAGUGACAAAGCAGCCGUCCUCAGCUGCAUGGCCAAGUCGUGCCUCAAAGCCGAGUCGGCGCCCACCAACAUCUGCCAACGUACCGGAUGGAUCAAAGACCGAGUUGUCAAGAUCAACUUCUUCUUUCAGAUGCUGGGAGCUGGCAAUGCAGCUCGUGACAUUCUGCAGAUCCGUGAACACUUGCAGCUGACGGGAAACUUCGAUGAUGUGCAUUUUAUUUGCAACCAGACUUCAGAUGAGUUCAAGAACAGUCCGUUGAGUGCGCUAUCUGAUAAGCUGGUGCAUGCCAGCAAGUUCCUGACCAGCCUCGGCAAAGAUCAGGUCGAGUGUUUGAAUGCCUUUGCCAAGUGCAGCGCUCUUGUCGACUGGCUCCGUCAGGAAGUGAAAGAGCUGAAGGAGCUGAAGACGUUUGUCGAUCUGGCCACGAUUGCCAUUGGUGACGGUGGUGCUGAUGAUGCUGGUCGCAUCUCUAUCCUUCACACCUCCUGUACGGGCUACGGCAGCUUGAUCUAUCAGCUGCCGCCGGAAUCGGACUUCUCACGCUUCAUAGAGUCGUGCCAACCGACUUUCAGGGCCCUGGAGGCAGAUCGACUCCUGCCCACAAAGCUCCGUGACACGCAGCGGUCUUUGGAGUGGCUGAAAAGUGUGCGUCAGUCGCACGAGUCCGUCACCGUCACCUCCUACUCGCAGGCAGAUGCCAUCAACACGCGCGGCAUCUACACGAUUGGGGUACCGACAAGCGGAGCUGCUGCUGACCUGCCAACACUGGAGUCUUGCGUGGGGCUAUUCAUUCCUCCCGAAGUGGGCAAGGAGUCCGUACACGACAACAAGACGUAUCAGGUGGAGAAUAUCAAGGACCUGCACAGCAAGCUGGUUCUGGUGGCUGGCAAGGCCGAACAUCGAGAAGGAACCGUCAACGAUUUCAUGGAGGUGUUUGAGGGAGUGUUGCGGGUUGGGAAAGCUCUCGUGGAGCAUUGCUCCAUGGGUAGUACCAAGUACUUGGACUGGCACAAAGAAUACAACUGCGCUGGCUAUGACGGCUUAAGCGACGGCAAGGGAUGUAGAAUGGUCAUUGAAGAACUCCGUGUCGACGCCAACGUACUCGAGGAUGACUUACGAGACUGGCAACGCGAAGAGCGCCACUGCCGUCACGACUUCCACCAGUUGAACUUCUUCACCAUGCGUCAGCUCAUCACCCUCAGACAUGAGCUGCGGGCUCUGACUAUGCUGAGGACAGCGGCAGCCCCCACGCACAUACAGUACCAAGUGUUCGCCUUGCUCGAUGCCAUCAAGCCCGGAGUGACGGCCGAGGACAUCCGCCGCGCCGUCAACAGCGGCCUGUCCGCGCCGAAGACGAUCCAGAGCAUCCGCGAAACUGCGCCGUGCUUCCAGGGCACCAGAAUGACGACGUCGUCAUCGACGACCGGCAAUCGCAGGCCGAAGACCAUGCUUUCCGGUAUGGCGCCACGCACGUCCAGAAUGGUGCUCAGCAGCGAUAGCGAAGGCGACGGGGACGACAGUGACGACGACGGAUCCCCGUUGGCCCUCGUGAAGCGCCGCGGUUUCCCUGACCGCGUGGCUAGAAUCGCCCUUCGUUGCCAGGGUAACGAUGUCACCAAGGCAGCCAACUGGGCCGCAAAGCACGGCAGCAACGAGCGCAAGCUGGAGCAGAUGGAGGAGGCGUUCAAGAGUGAUUCGGAGGGCGACGGUGCAGCUGGUGAUGAAGCGGGCACACCGAUGGACAUGGGUGGGUCGCUGAAUGCCAACGCUUCCGUAUUCACUCCGACCGGUGCCGGUGGUUCGUUGACGUCCAGUUCCUCCUCUUCAGCAGCAGCACCUCGUUACCUCACGUUGUCGCAGCUUGGGCACAUCUUGUACAGCCUCAGCUGCCAGGUGCGACCAGCGUCAGCACCUCGCUCUAUCCCGCAGAAUGUGAUCGCGCUGGGCAGGCCCAAUAUGAUCGUUGUGUCACAGGCGGAUAUGUACGGCACCGUUCUGGACCUCUAUCGUCACGACACCACCCGCCCGCUGCCAACUGCCUCCGAGGUGCUCGUCUGCAGCUCCAAGACCACGACCGAGGAAGUCAUCUUGCUCUGGCGACGUGCCAUCUUCUCCCGGCAGCUCUUCUGCCUGGUGAACGCCGAUCAAUUGGACUACUCCGUCAGUUCCGAGGCAGUCGAGGAGCUGCGACAGCUGCUGGACUUUGCCAAGAAGGAAGCGUGCACGCAGUUCGCCCUCGCCAUCAUCUGCUGCCGCGAGAAUGAGGAGCACACGUGGAUCAUGUCUGCGCUGGAGGAGUACCGUACCACAGCCCCGCCGUGCGACCACGUAAACCUGCGCGGCUACUUGCUGACGCAGUUCUGUCGCAUGGCGGUUCCCUCGGCGGCCACAACGGCAGCCUCUCCCACGGCAUCGUUCUCGGCGGCGUUAAACGCCAAGCCGGCUGCUGUCGUGGACACGGACAAGUCGUGUGUGCGCGUGAUCGCCUCAAAACGCGCCGGCGUCGGCAAGUCUCUCUUUGCCAAGCGCAUGGAGGAGCAGCUGGAGAGCCAGCUCGGCUUGAGCGCUCAUCGUCCCGGGCUAGUUCAGCAUCAACACCGGUUCAUGGCGCCAUCGCACCAGCCCCCUCAGCGGCCAUGCUUGCUAAACAGCAUCCCCUUGCAGGGCAACGCCGUCAACGUCUCUGCCGUCAUGGACCUGCUGCUGAAGUUCGCUCCGGACGCACAGCAGCAGCAAGCGGCGGCACCUUGCAUCUUCCACGUGGACGUGUCACCAACGAUCCGCACCGGCCUCGAUACCUUCCUCUUCAACCUGCUGGUGCUCGGUUGUCUUGGCGAUCGCGUGGGUCGCGUGUGGCGUCGCUCGGCCACCGACCUGUACGUGGUGGAGGUGACGUGCGACGAGGUGGUGUUCUCGGCGCUCUGCAAGGCCACAGGCUUCAUGGCCAACAUGGAGAACGUCCCGCUGGCGGCCAUUCCGCACAAUGCCUGCCUGCCGCUCUACACUCUGCUGCCCGCCUUCCUGUGCGGCUCUCCAGUGGACGCGCUCAACUCCAGGCUGUUCAUGCAGCGCCGACAAACCCAGCCCUUGGCCAUGGGGCAGCAGCUGGUGCCGCACUUGGAUGCCGGCGAGUUCUCCUCGAGCCGCUUCCAGCGUGUCUUCGGCUACCUGCGUCACCAUGAGCAGGGCCAGUCGCUGGACCGCUACUCGUUCAUCGCUAGCCAGCACACGGGCGCUAGCGACCACCUGUCCUGUCUCAAGCUGCUGCUGAAGUACUGCGGCACGCCCGACCCGUCCUGGCUGGUGCUGCGGCACUUCGUGCACUUUCUGGAUGCCCAGCUAGCGGAUUGCGAGCACAGCGUCUUCUGCAACACGGCGGCGGUCGGUGACGAGCUUAACGGAUUCCGCGCGUUUGUCGUGCGCUUCAUGCUGCGCAUGUCCGUCGACUUUGCUACUCCGUCGCUGGAGGUGGACUCCGGCAUGCAGGACACCGAGGAAGAAGAGGCUGGCGGCGGCGGCGGAGGUGACAUGAUUGUGAUCCGCCGUCGCUGGGAGCAGAGCCCUCACCCGUACCUGUUCUUCAACGACGACCACAUCAGCAUGACCUUCGUCGGCUUUAACGUGGAGAAGAACGGCAGCCUGGUGGACCAGGCAGGCGCGGUUCUCGAGGAGGACAUCAUGUCACGACGACUGCAUGCCGGCCUGCGAGCUCAGCGCGUUGACCUGCAGGAGAACUUUGAGAACUGGGAUCGCGAGAAGCGGCUCCAGUGCCUGGCCAAGGUGCUCGGCUGCCGGGCGUUCGGCCAGGACGUGGCCCACGAAGUGGACGAGACCUACGAACUGACACUGGACAACGUCAAGAAGAUCCUGGCCAUUCAGAUGCGCUUCCGCUGCAGCAUCCCAGUCAUAGUGAUGGGCGAGACGGGCUGCGGCAAGACGCGCCUCAUCCGCUUCAUGUGCGAGCUGCAGGCGAGUGGCGCAAAGUUCCAACACAACCUGGACGUGCAGAACAUGCUGAUCAUGAAGAUCCACGGCGGUACGACGGAGGAGCACGUACGCAAGGCCGUGGAACACGCCGAGGAGCUGGCGCAGUACAACGCCGAGCAGUACCAGAUCGACACGGUCCUGUUCUUCGACGAGGCGAACACCAGCGACGCACUGGGCAUGAUCAAGGAGGUCAUGUGCGAUCGGCGCGUCCACGGUCAGGCGAUCAACGCCUCGUCACGUCUGCAGUUCAUCGCCGCCUGUAACCCGUACCGCCGCCACACCCGGGAGAUGAUCCAGCGGCUGGAGGAGGCCGGUCUCGGCUAUCAUGUCCGUGCCACGGAGACCGUGGACAAACUGGGCCGUAUUCCGCUGCGACAGCUUGUGUACCGUGUGCAUCCGUUGCCAGGCAGCAUGUCGCCGCUGGUCUGGGACUUUGGGCAGCUGAACACGGACAUCGAGCAGCUGUACGUGCGACAGAUCGUCCGCCGCUACAUCAAAAACGAGCCGGACUUUUGGGACGAGGCGCGCUUCGGUGUCCAGACGGGGCAGACCGCCGAGCACCCUCUGGUCGCUCCCAUCACGGCCGUGCUGGCAGCAGCGCAACGCUUCAUGCGCGAACAGCGGGACGAGUGCAGCUUUGUCAGCCUGCGCGACGUGGAGCGUGCCAUGAUGGUGUUCAAGUGGUUCUACUGGCUUUGCGGCGAGGUGCUCGACGAGCUGAUGCGUGGCAAAGAGGACGAGCUCUAUCGUACUGUGAACAUAGAGACGGGCGAGGAGGAAGAUCUAAAUCGACCGCCGCCACUAACACGUGUCACCCGUUCCUUAGUCCUAUCACUGGGUGUGUGCUAUCAAGCAAGGCUGCGAGACCGAGUACCAUUCCGUGACUCAGUAGCACGUGCAUUCUCUUCACCGUGUGACCUCACUGGCGCGGGACAACAGCUUGAGGAGGAGAUUGAUAGGUGUCAGGAGGUGUUCCUGGAUCAGCUACAGCUUGGCCCCAACAUCGCCAAGAACAAGGCGCUGCGCGAGAACGUGUUCAUGAUGGUGGUGUGCAUCGACACACGCAUCCCGCUCUUCCUGGUCGGUAAACCGGGCAGCUCCAAGUCGCUGGCCAAGACCGAAGUGGCGGAUGUCAUGCAGGGAGAUAGCUCGCAAUCACCGCUAUUCCGCUGUUUGAAGCAGGUCCACAUGGUAUCAUACCAGUGCAGUCCGUUGAGCACACCGAGUGGUAUCGUCGGCACCUUCAACCAGUGCCAGAACUUCCAGAAAGACAAGAACAAGGAGCGCUUUGUGGCCGUCGUCGUACUCGACGAGGUCGGACUGGCCGAGGACUCGCCCCGCUUGCCUCUCAAGGCCUUGCAUCCCUUGCUGGAAGAUGGCACGGGCGGUGGAGAUGAUGAGAGCCGUACUAACCAGGGCAUUGUGCCAAUCAAGGAGCGCGUCGCCUUCGUAGGCAUCUCUAACUGGGCGCUGGAUCCCGCCAAGAUGAAUCGAGGUAUCAUGGUGUCUCGCGGAGAGCCAGACGACACAGAGCUGGAGAGCACCGCCAGAGACAUCUGUGCCACAGACAUGACAGUGAAACAACACAUCAGCCCGAUCAUCAACCCGCUGGCGAAGGCGUAUCGCGAAGUCUACAAGAGCCAGGAUCGUGAAUUCUUCGGCCUGCGUGACUUCUACAGCCUGGUGAAAAUGGUCUACAGCUACUCAUCUGCAGCCAACCGCCCUCCAACGUGGUCUGAAGUAGAACGGGCCGUCCGUCGCAACUUUGGCGGUCUGGACGUCGAAGACCCAGUCAAGACCUUCAGGGAUCUCCUGGGCAAGACUAGCGACGAAGUGAGCUCCGCCGAGGACUGCUCGACCAUCAGCCUGAUCCGUGCCAGUCUUCAGCGCACGGACUCGAAACACUACCACGGCGACACUCGGUACCUGCUCGUGCUGUCGGAGAACUGUGAUGCAGCGCUGGAGAUCCUGCAGGAGAGCGUUCUGGACAACAAAGCCGUUGUGAUCUUCGGCAGCAGCUUCCCCAAAGACCAAGAAUACACACAGGUAUGCCGUGACAUCAACCGUAUCAAGGUUUGCAUGGAGACCGGCCAGACGGUGGUGCUGUUGAACCUGGAGAACCUGUACGAGAGUCUGUACGACGCGCUCAACCAGUCCUUUGUCAACCUGGGCGGCGAGAAAUACGUCGAUCUCGGGUUGGGCACCCAUCGCGUCAAGUGCCGCGUCGACUCCAACUUCAGACUGAUUGUGAUUGCCAAGAAGCGUGACGUGCAGGAACGCUUCCCCAUACCGCUUAUCAAUCGCCUGGAGAAGCACUUCCUGGCACUGAGCACGGUCCUAUCCGAACAGCAAGCUCAACUAGCACACCAGCUACAGAAUUGGGUACGGCAGUUUGCCGAGGUCACGGCCCGCAGCAAACAGCGCACGUUUGCCAAGGGUGACGCGUUCAUUGGUUACCACGACGACACGGCCGCCGCUCUCAUCCUGCACGCCUGCCAGGACCAGCAGGUCGGCGGCGUCGUGCAGUCCGCUGCCGCCAUGGCGACGGGCGACGCGGACUGGGAGCAGAACGUGCUGCGCCGCGCCAAGUUCCUGCUGAUGGAGAUGUGCCCGCCCGACGCGGUCGCUCGCCUCUCGCACACGGCCCUUGCGCGCGAGGCCAGCGACUGCUGGAAGAUCUACUUUGAGCGGCAGCGGCACAGCAGCCUGGACGAGUGCCUGCACGUGCAGCUGUCGCGAUGGCGCCGCACCGAGAAGAGCGCCUGCGGCCUGUCGCUGCAGGUCACCACGCACUCGCGACUCCUGUCGCAGGUGGACGCGGAGCAGAUUGGCGCACAGCUGCGUCUGCCCAGCGGUGCUGUGCGUUGUCUGCUACUCCAGCAGUUCCACACCGAGCAGCAGUUCUGCAGAGAGGUGUCCAGCUUCCUCUCCAACCGAGACUUGCUCGCGGACAACGGGGACGAGCAGCACAUGCUUGUCAAUGCUACAGCAGCAGCAGCAGCGGCAGCGUCUCGCGUUCUCAUCAUUCAAUGCGACGAUGGUGACCAGCACUCCGACCUGCUGGCAUGUGCACGCCAUCGCCUGCAGGAGGAACGCGAGAAGGCCCGAAGCGCGUACGCGCAGGCGGGCUGCGUCCAGGACAUCCGCCUGCACGUCAUCUUCAUCGUGCGCCUGCCACGCAAGGCAGGUGGCUGCUUCGAGGGAGCUCAGGGCGGCAUGUGGCGAUCGGUGCACAUCGACGAGCUUCGGCCAUCGGCCUCCAAGGAGACACCGAAAGUGACAGCGCUGGUGGGUCAAAGUGUCAGCGAGCUCUUCUCUACGAGUGUCGGACGCAUAUUUGGAUUCACGCACACUGCCGCUCCAGUCAAUGAGAACGAACUUCAGGGAGGCGUUCCCGAGGAGCCCAUGGAUACGGGUGUGGCUUUGGUGGGUGAUAACGAGGAGGCCCUGCGAAUGCAGGUUGCCGCUCUAGGUGUGGGCGACGUUGCUAUGGAUACUGGUGAUCAGCGGCUUGCUGGCCAGGCACUCACUAUUGCCACCACGACAGCUGCUACUGGUGGCGGUGCUGGUGGUGAUGCUGACGGCCCCGGUGAGUCCGUACUGUCACCUGCCGAUCUACUCUCAUCCUGCAUACAGGACGCUGUGUCGCGGCUCGACGACAUUCACGGCACGUUCACGGUGGUGGAGUCGCGCAUUCGCAAUCGCAUCCUCUACUUCCAGCAGCUGCUCAAGUCCAGCGAGAGCGACGCCGUGGGCCGUCAGUUCCUGGCGCUGCUCUGCCGCAACAUUCUGGCCAUACUGCGAGUGCGCGACGACCAGCAACAGUACCGCUUCAAUCGCAAGUCGAUCGAGUGGGUGCAGGACGAGGCGUUGUCCGAUCUUAGCCUGCAGGCCGGCGGUACGUUUCAGCGUGCCCUCUGGCUCAAACUGCAGAACAUCUUCUCUCCCAUCCUGGCCGAGGCCAUAGCCAGUCUGGACUGCAGCAACAACCUGGACCUGUUGGAAGCGUCACAGCCCGCCUGGCUGCGUCACCUCUGGCUGCAGCUGUUCAGCGACCCUGAGAUCUUCAAGCUGGACGAGAAGGUGGGGGCCACGCCGCGGGAUCGCGUGCCCGUUCGUGCGCACGGCACUCACGACACGGUGUUCAAGUGCCGGCUGCCAUUCUCGUGGCGCGUCAAGGCUCUCGUUGACGUGCUGCUGCCGCAGGCGCACAGCACGAGCAGUACCGCCCACGAGCCGGUGGUCGCGUGCCUUCGCUCCGCCCUCGUCUCUACGCGGCUCGGCAAGCUGCUGCAGGCGGUGUGCGAGGAGAACGGCGAGUGUGUGCGCUUUUACCUGUACGACUUUGUCCUGAUGACGUACAGCACGCAGCAGAGCGAUGACGUUCACGAGAUGCUGGCCACGGCGUUGGUGACGGCGCAGCGCGAGCUGCAGAUUGCCGACGACGUACGGCCCGUGCUCGAUGUCGCGUCUGUCCACGUGGCUCACAGCACCGUGCAAGCACGUCUCCACUGCAUGCUGCAGCUGUUGCGGGCCGCGCCAGCCGAGGUGAAACGUCAUGUCAUGGCCAACGCCGAAAUCGAUUCUCCCGAGCUGGUUGUUGACCUGCAGGUGCUGCACAGGGUACUGCAUGGCUUGGAACCAGCGCCGAAAACGUUCACGUCUGUGGACUCUUGCCGCCGCUGGUUGGACUCUGUGCGCAAGGUUGCCUCUCCCAUCGACUCUCACCUGGCCGCACUGGAGCGGAGUGUUCGCGAUCGUGACUUUGGUCCCAGGGCCGUAGAGCUACUCAGCUUGACCAGGCCUCUGUGGUCACGUCUGAACGUUGUUCGUUUGUUCCUGGAGCAUAUCACACUGGUGUGCGACAAAGAGCCGUUCCUACGCCACGCCACCUAUCGCCUCUUCAACGUUCUGCACCCGUCCACGGAGUUCCACCGGCAGUCAUCCAUGGCCGAAGUUAUCUCCUUCCUGCGUGGUUGUGUUUCCGGCCAAUUCUACCUGGCGUAA